AAAUUUUGAAAGCUCGAACUAGCAAAGCAACAUGGGAUUCGCAAAUCGAUUUUUGUUUCGGUAAAAGGUAAACUAAAUUUCUACAAAAAAUUCUCAAAAUUAACCUUUGUGAUGGAGGAGGAGACUUUAUCGCUCACCGAUAAGGAAACUAUCCCCGCUAAAAUCGGAGUGAUAGGGGAAGCCAGCCUGGACUCUCCGCUGUUGCUAAAGGACCGCAUGGAAUAUGCUGUCUGCACACCUUUCGGGAAACCAUCAGAUGUGCUUAUCGACGGCGAGAUCGAUGGCGUUAGAGUAUGCCUCCUGUCCAGGAAUGGUCGGCAGCACGAUAUCAUGCCCACUAACAUCAACUACAGGGCAAACGUGUGGGCCAUGCGGAAGAUGGGCUGCACCCACAUCCUGGCCACGAACACCUUCAGUUCUCUGCGCGACGACAUCCACCCAGGCAGUUUGAUUAUUCCCCACGAGGUGAUAGAUCACACCACAAGACGGGCCCAGAGUUUCUAUGAUGGAGCGGUUGGGAGUCCGCUGGGCGUUUGUCACAUCCCUAUGAAUCCGGCAUUCUGCGAUCGCACUCGGCAACACCUUCUGAGCGCCGCCAGCGACCUGGACUUCCACGCCCAGUUCAAGGGCACGGUUCUGACAAUGGAGGGACCUCGCUACUCCACGGUGGCCGAGAACAACAUGUUCCGAAAGUGGGGAGCCGAUCUACUGAGUAUGACCCUCUGCCCCGAGGUCACUCUGGCCAAGGAGGCCGGCAUUUUGUACGCCUCCUUGGGGCUGGUCACUAACAUGGAGUGCUGGUGCGCCCAGCAGCAGAUCGCGACCACCCACGAGAUAAUCUACACCUUUAGAAAGUAUGCCCCAACUCUUCAAAAUGUCUUGUUGUCUGCGAUUAAGUAUAUUGGUGACGAGGACUGGGCGGAGGACAUUCUUAAGGCCAAGGUCCUGGUGUGCAGUAACUUUGCCAAUAGCAAAUGAUAUUUUCCUGUGUAAAAGUUUGUUUUAAAUUCCCAGUAAAGUUAUAUUUUAUGAAAUA